AUGAGAAUUAAAAGAGGAAAGCAAUACAAGAAAACAGUGAUGUUUUAUAAGACAAAUUUUAAUUUCCAAGAGCCUUAUGAACUUAUAUAUACAUUAAAAUGGCGAAACGUGCGAGCCUGCCCUCUUAGCGUAACAGUCCAGACCUUAUGGAUAUGACGAACUUGGACGGACUCAAUUCAAGAAUCAAGUUCAGGCUCGAGAGAUGUGUAUCCGGGUAGGUUUUGCUGCUUUCCUGUGGUUGGAAAUGGAUGUGCUCAACAACGUCCUUUGAUCCGAGGACCCAUGAGUAUUUCUCUACCGAGAAACUGGGGUUUUCAGCCCAGGCCACAAGGAGUAGUCUUUUUCUUGUAGCUGUUGAAGGAAGGCACUUCAAAACCUGAAAAACUCUUGAGUUGAUGAUUUGAGUCAAGCUACUGCAAUCGCCCGUAGCAAGGCCGCAUAAAUUUAUAAGCUGCUCACUAAAGACUGAAGCAGCAAGGCAAGAAGGAAACAGAAUGUACCGAAACAGGCAUCCACCUCCGGGGGAAAGACCCUCUAGGCUGGAGCGAAAAAGCGUUUUAACCUCCCGUAUAGGAGGUUUUGAUGGCUGCGUCACCAAUAUGGCUAACGCCUGACUUUAAUAAUUUAACCAACCUAGCCUUAUGAAAUUAUUCUUGAUGGAAAUUUUAUUCAAUAUUGUGCCAAGCUUCAUUGAAAUGUAAAAGAAAUGCUUAUGAAGCUUGUCGGAGGAAUCGUACACAUAAAACUUUCGCCCUGCGUAUAUCGAGAACUGAAAGAUUUGCACAAAAGUGAUAUAGGAGUUUUCCCUAUAUGACCCGAUAAGGGCCGUGGGUUCUCCGUGGAAUCCCUCUGCUGGCUGAACCAAUCAGUGAAUUGGUCAAACCAACGCACUGAGUUGGUUUGAUUAACAGAGGGAUUCCACUGAGAACCCACGGCCCUUAUCAGGCCAUAUAGGGAAAACUCCUAUAAACUUAUUGCUGGGACAAUAAAUAUCGCCAAAUCUUUUAGACAAGAUGAAUGCAAGCAUGAAGAAAUCCUGACACCAACUGAAUGUAUAUUGAAAAUGAUUGGUAAAAAGAACAGGCAUCAUUAUUUUGUAGCCACACAAGAUGUUUCCUUAAUCCACCAAAUUAAUAAACUCAAUCUUUUUGCAUUGCUAAAAAUUUAUUAAAUAAAAGUGGUACCGAAUAAAUUAAAAUGAUUUUUACUGGUCACACCCAAUUUUAACUAAUCAAAUUAAUUUGUAUAUAUAAAUCAAAUCUUGCAAAAAAAAGGCUUUUAAAAAACCAUGCAGGCUCAAUGCAAUGUGUUGCUUAUUAAUUGAAUAGGGAAUAAAAAUAAUAAUCUCAAUAGAAUGAUUUUAGAAUUUUUAAGAUUCUCUCUCAAUUCAUAAAGAAAGUAAGAGAAACCUUAAGAAAAAUUCCGUCUGUUCCCUUAAUUUACUUUAAGCAUGGCUUAAUGACUUUGGAUCCUCCAAGUGAAGUCAGCUUAAUAAAAUGCCAACGAAAAGAAAAAAUCAAGCUAAAACCAGAGUCCUCUGAAAAAGCUAUCCCCUUUUAUAAUCAAUAGAAGUUGUCACUGCUAUUUUAUGAAUAGGAAAAUGUUAAACCAUUGCCUAAUUUCUAUUUAUAAUAAAGGUUAUAACUUAAAGCUAAUGCUAAAAAACGCAAGAAUAGAAAAAAGAGAAGAAGAGCGGCAAGAAAAAGAAAGCCUCUACCAAGACAAAGACUUCAAAAAGAUGAAAAUAGAGCUCGGUGUCAAAAGAAAGGCUAAAGGUCCUAAUCCACUAUCAUGCAAGAAAAAGCAAAAAAUCGAAGAUGAAGAAGCCCCUUCCGCUAUUAAAAAGAUAAGAAGAAAACGAAAGCCUAAAGAUUCUUCUACACAGCUUACCAACAACCCAAGUGAAGGCAACGAAGAAUCAAUUAUUCAAGAGUAA